AAUGAGAUUCUUCACGGCAGAGAAACUGCUGGAUGAAUGGGAAGAAUCCAUCACUAGGGAACUGGAAGACGGAGUAGCAGAAACCAGAAGAAAAAUAAAGAAGUAUCUGACAAUGAUUGAGAACGAUUAUUCACCUAAAGCUGAUAACAGGAAAGGAAUGGGCUUGAUUAAUGAAAUAAGAAAAGUAGAUGUUGAAGCACACAUAAAAAACAUAUACAUAGGAGCAGUGGGAAACAUGUCUGAGAAAAAUGGUAUUACAUAA